CUGAAAGGCCCCAUUCCUGGAGAAAUUGGUAAUCUUACCGGUGCGAUAAGGAUAAAUUUUUCACAAAAUGAUUUGACUGGACAUAUUCCAAAAACUAUCCAAGGCAUGCUGAACCUUCAAGAAUUUUACCUAGAGAGCAACAAGAUAGAAGGAAUCAUACCAGAUUCUAUCUGCAAUUUAAAGAAUCUUGGAGCAUUAUACUUGUCAGGUAAUCAAUUUUCUGGUCGCGUGCCACCUUGCUUAGGAAAAGUUACCAGUAUGAGAUAUCUUUAUCUAGCAGAUAACAUGCUUAAUUCGAGUUUACCCGAAAGCUUGGGGAGCCUUCCUGAUCUCAUAGAGUUCAAUUUUUCAUCCAAUUUAUUGCAUGGCAAAAUUCCUAUUGAGAUUGGAAAUUUAAAGGCUGCAACACUCAUUGAUCUGUCAAAAAAUGAUUUUUUUGGUAUGAUCCCUAGCACUCUAGAGGGUCUGGAUAGAUUGAUUAGUCUUUCUCUAGCACAUAAUAAAUUAGAUGGGCCUAUUCCAGAUUCAUUUAGAAAAAUGCUGGCCUUGGAAUACUUGGAUUUGUCCAGUAACAAUCUUAGUGGUGAAAUCCCGAAGUCAUUAGAAGCUCUUGUGUAUCUCAAAUACUUGAACUUCUCAUUUAAUGAAUUCAGUGGAGAAAUUCCCACGGGUGGUCCUUUUGCAAAUGCCACAGAUCAAUCUUUCUUGUCCAAUUAUGGGCUCUGUGGUGAUUCUAAGUUUCAUGUUUCACCAUGUGUCAUCAGAUCUCCCAAGAGGUCAAAGAAAAAAAAGGCAAUAUUGGUUUUGGGAGUGGGUAUGCUAUUUCUUGCAUUAGCCCUCGCAUAUGUAUUUUUAAGAUGGAGAAAGAUAAAGAAGAAUGCAGAUCAAGCAGAUGUCUUUCCGGUAAAAGGGAAACAUGAAAGAAUUUCUUACUAUGAACUUGAACAAGCAACAGAAGGAUUCGACGAAAGCAACUUGCUUGGUAGUGGGAGUUUCAGCAAGGUUUUCAAAGGGAUACUUAAGGAUGGUACUCUUUUGGCAGCAAAGGUAUUCAAUGUGCAAUUGGAGGGUGCAUUCAAAAGUUUUGAUACAGAAUGUGAGAUGUUGCGCAACCUCCGCCAUCGAAAUCUUACAAAAGUGAUCACCAGCUGCUCCAACCCUCACUUCAAAUCCUUGGUAUUAGAAUACAUGCCGAAUGGGACACUUGAAAAAUGGCUAUACAAUCACAACUUAUUCUUAGACAUGUUGCAGAGAUUAAGUAUAAUGAUAGAUGUUGCAUCUGCAAUAGACUAUCUCCACAAUGGCUAUUCAACUCCUGUGGUGCAUUGUGACUUGAAACCAAGCAAUGUCUUGCUAGAUCACGAAAUGGUUGGUCAUGUCAGCGAUUUUGGCAUUGCAAAAUUGUUAGGUGCAGGGGAAGAUUUUGUUCAAACAAGGACAAUAGCAACCAUUGGAUAUAUUGCUCCAGAAUAUGGACAAGAUGGAAUAGUUUCCACAAGCUGUGAUGUUUAUAGUUUUGGCAUCGUGAUGAUGGAGACGUUCACAAGAAGGAGACCAAGUGAUGAAAUAUUUACCGGAGAAAUGAAUAUACGAUGUUGGAUUAAUGAUUCUUUUCCGAGUGGUAUUCAUAAGGUGGUGGAUUCUAAUUUGAUACAGCCAGGGGAUGAACAAAUCGAUGCAAAGAUGCAUUGUUUGUCAUCUAUCAUGAAAUUAGCUUUGAGUUGCACUGUAGUGACACCUGAUGCAAGAAUUAGCAUGGAAGAUGCUCUUUCAACACUCGAAAAGAUCAGACUCCAGUUUGUCAAUAGUCUCCGCUAGGUAGAAUUAGACUGUUGUGUUUUACUGAGUGUGAAAAAUUAAGGUGAAAGUUCAGGUAGUCAGCCAACUAA